CAGAAAACUGCAUGUCAAAGAUGAGCAGCACUGUGGCUAGCCCGAUGUCAACCAUUGCCUCUUCAAGCAGUGGAAGAAAAUUGACAAGCUUUACGCCGGAAUUGCAAAGUAUGAUGUUUUCAUUAGGAGAUGCUCGCAGGCCACUCCAUGAAACUGCAAUACUGGUAGAAGACAUUGUCCACACUCAGCUGAUAAAUUUGUUGCAGCAAGCAGCUGAAGUUUCUCAGCUGAGAGGAGCUCGAGUCAUCUCUGCUGAAGAUCUCCUGUUCCUAAUGCGCAAAGAUAAGAAGAAGCUUAGAAGGCUACUUAAAUAUAUGUUUUUUCGAGACUACAAAUCUAAAAUUGUCAAAGGAAUAGAAGAAGAUGACCUCCUUGAAGACAAAUUCAACAGUAGCAACACCAACAAACGGCAGAAGCUUGCUCAAGACUUUCUGAAUUCCAUUGACCAGACUGGAGAGCUGUUAGCCAUGUUUGAAGAUGAUGAGAUUGAUGAUGUCAAGCAAGAGCGGAUGGAGAGAGCAGAAAGACAAACACGAAUGAUGGACUCAGUCCAGUAUGCAGAAUUCUGUGAAAGUCGGCAAUUGAGUUUUUCAAAGAAAGCAUCCAAGUUUCGUGAUUGGCUGGACUGUAGCAGUAUGGAAAUAAAGCCAAAUGCAGUUGCAAUGGAGAUUCUGGCAUAUUUAGCAUAUGAGACUGUGGCACAGUUGGUGGACUUGGCCCUUUUGGUUAAGCAGGACAUGGCUCCCAAAGCUGGUGACCCGUUCAGUCAUGCCAUAUCUGCCACUUUCAUACAGUAUCACAACUCUACUGAGCCACAUCUCUCAGGGCAAUCUGCAAGUGUAAAGACCAGUCUUGACUCCCCUGAAAACACCCCACCUCCUACACCCACACCUCCAGCAUCAGCAGGACAGCAACUUCUUGGGAAAUCUCCAGCAGCAGCCCUGGGGAACGGUGGAAUUGGACAGGACUCUACCAAAUCCAAACAAAGGAAAAGAAAAAAGAGCACUGCAGCCUGUGGUACAGAGGCUCAAAGUGAUGCCAUCCAGCCCAGCCACAUCAGAGAGGCCAUUCGACGCUACGGCCACAAGAUUGGCCCCCUUUCCCCAUUCACAAGUGCCUACCGCAGGAAUGGGAUGACUUUUCUCGCCUGCUAAUAUGGAUGUGGCUGCAGCAACAGGAAAGGCACUGUUAUAUUAAGGUGAUUUUCUUUUCCCCUCCAUGGAAGAAAAAAAAACAACACAAAACAACACAGCAAAACCAACACCAAAAAAAACCAACAAGCUCCAAUGUCUCCGUGUACCAGUGAGUGGGCUGGUUUGUUGUGACUAUCUGCUGGCUGACUGUCUCUUUUUCCAGCCCCCUCAAUCGUUAUUCUUGUUUACUAGCUGGAACAUUUAGCUAAUUAAUGGCAGGAUGUUUGGGAUAGCGUGUAGGUGGACAAGAAUGCAGAACAGACAAUGCUGAAGUUUGCAGGGGACUUGCUGCUGUCAGUCUCAUUCUGCCAUGUCAUUUUUAUUUAAGUGCUUGGAGGUCUGUGUGUUCUCCUAAAGAUGGGUUUGUUGGGGCUUUUUUUACCACAGAAUGGGGCAGAAAGAGGCCAGAGAUAGGCUGGGUUGUCUAGGUUUAUAUGUGUUAUAUAAAGGUUGUAUAGGUUUUCCCUGUGAUUUUUACAAAAAGAAAAGCUGUUUUCCACUGUCUUCCACUGUUUUCUCUCCACUAAUUUUUAGAUGUUUAGACAGUGUAGCCCAGUUUAAUCUUUUGAGGGGCUUUUAGCGAGUUCAGAGCCAAAGAUAUUAAGAAAAAGUGUUCAGGUAAACUGUACCUCACCAGUUAGAGACUUGUCUUUUUGCAGACCCCAGGAUGGGCAAAGUGGUCAGCCCCAAAUUCUCAAUAUUGCCAUCUCUAUUCUAUUUCUCUAUUACCAUCACUCUCUGAAAUCAAGGAAAGCCUUGAUAUGCUUCUUUAUUAGGCCCCUAUUCAGAAAAAUAUAUCCUAAAAUAUUUUAAUAACUAUGACUGUCUCAGUGGUUCUUGGCAAAGGCUUAACAUUAUGUACUUGCUCAGCAUUUGCUGCAGGAAGCAGAUGCUGUCUCUGUUGUUGACAAAAGCAGGAUUACUCUUGGAUUUGGCUAAAAAAGAAAUGGGCUCUUUUUAUUUACCUUUUUUAUAUUUUAGUUCAUGUUGUUUGUUUUCAGAUUUAAUUUUUCAAUCUCAGUCCCUCCCUCCAUGCUUCUUCCUGUCCCCUUCUCCUCCGUCCUUUGCUGGCCUUGCAAACACAUUCAUUUCUUCCCAUAAAAACUGUACAAAUAUAGAGCUAACCACGAUGAUGCUUGACCAGAGAAAAGGGCACAUGCUUCAGCCUGUCCUCAGAAUCUGCAGGCAUGUCCUGCUCCUGUCCCUGCAGUACCCACAGAGCCAGGCUCUGCUUCUGCCACUCUGAGUCCAGGCUUGAAAUCUUAACUUAAACCUCAAAUUAAGACAGAAGCACUCAAGAGAUCAAGUGGAGAUCAGCAAAAUAUUACUUUUAUGUAGUGCAGCUGUCCUCCUUUGUGCUUAGUAUGUGAUUUCUUAGUUUUUACUCCCACUGUACACCCUUGUGGUCAUUUUUAGGUGGUUUCAUUGCCCUGCUUUCCUGGACCUGCUUGCAGAAACUUUAAAAAUAUGUGUAUAUUUUAAAUAAACAGAAAAAUGUCUCUUCUCUUUGCAACCAGAGCCUUGUAGAAGUGAACUUUGUACAUCAGUUAUUGCUGCCAUUCAUCAAUUGCUUUUUUCUUUUAGCUACUUGAACUUCUGUUUUCUGGGAUUAAUCUGUGUGUAAAGGACUAAAAGUAAUGUGUAUAAUGCAGUGUAUUAAACGGGAGGGGGGGAAGUUUUCUGAUGUUCCAUCUGUGCUUCUUGAAAUAUAUGAUUAAACUUUUCUUUUUAUCAUCA